AUGGCGGAGUCCAGGCCGGGCGUCUACCGGGGCGAAAUGAAAGAGCAACGGCGGAAUGGUUAUGGACAUUAUAUUUAUUCAAAUUCUUUUUUCGAAUAUGAAGGGGAAUGGAAGGACGGAAAGAAACAAGGUCAUGGGAAGUUGCUGUUUAAGGAUGGAAGUUAUUAUGAAGGCGAGUUUGUGGAUGGAGAAAUUGUGGGCAAUGGAUUUCGAUACUGGGCAUACACAGGGAAUACAUAUUCAGGCCAGUUUCUCUACGGAGAGCUGCAUGGGCACGGAGUCAUGCAGUAUAAAGACGGACGGAAAUACGAAGGGGACUUCUGCUAUGGUUUGCAAGAAGGCCACGGACUACUGACCGACAAGGAUGGGCAGCAAUAUGAAGGAAGCUUCUAUAAAAGCAAAAGGCAUGGAGGAGGGAAAAUGAGGUUCAAAAAUGGGGAUGUAUAUGAAGGCGACUGGAUCCUGGACCAGAGGCAAGGCCACGGCCUGCUUCACUGCGCUGAUGGAACUGUCUACGAGGGACAGUGGAGAAAUGACACAUUCAACGGACAGGGCUCCAUAAUCCAUUGUUCUGGUGUCACCUAUGACGGACAGUGGCUGAAUGGCUACCCUGUUGUACAACCCACGAAGAUCGUGAUUUUGGGACCGGAAGUUAUCGACACAGUUCCAGGGUCCACUCACACGUUUCACGUCCAGCUGCACAACGAAGAUGGAGAAGUUGUCAAAUGUGAGAGCGGUCGCCUGCUGGAGAUCAGCGCUGGAAUCAGAGACGGGGAGCUUUUAGCAAGUUCCAAAAGCAGCCUAUACAAGAUAAUGGAACUAAUAGGGAGAGAGUCAACAGAAAGCCCCUUUGGAUUUGAGUAUAUUAGCUACCCUUUGAUGGCGUCCUCGUCUGAAAGCCCAGAGCCUCGAGCCACUCUCGCUUCUGAUGGCAAAUCUCUUUUUGCCCUGCUUGAACAGUCAGCCACCAAAAGAGACCUUGAGCCAGAAUCCCGAUCAACCCUCAUGGAUAGUGCAAGAGAUACUCUUAGAAACCAGGACGAGAUGGAAGACAGUAUCCCUUCUCCUUCCUGCUUCCAGAGAACUGACCGAGGCUCUGCCAUUUUCAAUAACAUCAUCCUGGCUCCCCCUCCAAUGGAUGUUGUACUCACCAUGCAGUUGAAUGGCCCACCCGAGCCUUUAUCCCCACGAAGAGCCAAAAAACGGAGAGACAAAAUGCACACGGAAAAGACAUCCACUUCCCAGGAGUCACUCGGAAGCAGCAGAUCCCGACUGACGGUUCACGGCUCCAAGACCAAGUUCUAUCAAACCCGCCUGAAGGACGCCGUGACCCUGCCAGGGGAGUACGUAAUUAUGGUCCAUGAAGUGACUUCACCUCCGUUCAUGGGCAAGCAUCUCCCACCUGCCUUCAGGCUCUUGCGGAUUUUGCCAGAGAAGGUUUUGCCAGAGAAGGCCUUGCCAGAGAAAGGCAGAAGAAUGAGCCUUAGAAAGGAUUCUCAAAAAGAUGCUGGGAAUUAAAGACAAGGAAAAGAGAAGAAGGAGCCGCAGUGUCCUCCCAAUGGAAUUUAGG